AUGAGAUCAGCAAAAUGCGCACGUGCCUUCGUCGCUUUCACUCACUCAAGGAUCAACAACUUCGACCACGCACCUUUCUUCCAUGGCAAGCUGCGACCUAAGUCUCAUGCAAUUCUAUCAAGCAAAUUGCGUCGAAUUGCCAGUGCUUCAUCCGAGGGAAACGACAAGAACCCACAACGAAAGUUCACACCGCCAACAUCACGGAUACUUCAACCCUUCUUCUUCGUCUCGGAAAUGAACUCCCUCUUGGAGUAUCGAUCUACAGGAAUAUGGCUAGAGAACCUGUCUGGUUCUAUUCUCUUGAGUACAGCUCUCGUGACUCUGAAACUCGUACACGGGACGCAGGCCGAUAAGCAACUGUGUCAGUUGCCAGUGAACCUGACAUUCAUACACGGCGCUAUCUCUGUUAUCUGGCGAGCAGAACCUUUGCCCUUGCUAAGCAUCUCUAUCGAUCUCAAUCUCACAAGUCACAAAGCUUCUCCAACGCCCUCUUUCACGAAUCAAGUUAUCCUGGACCAUCGACCAAAGGGGGAGAAAUGUCGGUGGAGCUCUUUCGAUGAUGCGACGGCGGACCAUCUACCCUAUGACAUACGUUCCAUGCGUGUACGUUGCCUAGCUAGGACCGAGGGUAUUCUGCCAUUCUCACCGUCAAUACCCGCGAUAACUCGGGCUUGA